UCCAAUUUCCACAUCCGAAGACCUGUUCUUUGCCCAUUUUGAUGAAAACCAUAGCCAACUGGAGCCUGUUCCAGAAUUCUUUUUAGACGAGACUACCUCACCAUUCGAAAACCCUGUUCUUGCUGAAUUGCAGCCAGCAUACAAUUUUGGUCAACCGCAACUGCCAACGGAAAUGCAAGCACCAAAUGGAUUGGAACAGGAGCUAUUGACCGAAUUGCACCCGCUUGAUAGGCCAACUACUCCAACAAUUGAGUCAGAGAUGAGUGAUAAUGAGGGUCAAGUUAUUGCUGAAAAUACUAAUGAAGUUACUGUAGAAUACGAAUCUGAAGAAGAUAAUGGCCAAAACGACCAACCAGAAAUUGUGGUACCUCAAAAGAAGAAACGAAAUCGAAUUGCUGACCCACAAGCAUGGAAACGUAACGUAGAUAAAGCAAAAAGAAUGCGGGGUGAAGAAUACAAUGGAAUAGUUUAUUCAAGAGAAAAAGGAAAAACAAAAGAGGUCCCAAAAAAUGCGAUAAAUCUUGGUGCAAGAUGCGGAGGGAAAAUUUGUGAUAUGCAAGAUAGCAAAACGGUUCGAUGCUCCAGGAUUUCAGAUGAAUCACGGCAGAAGCUAUUUGAUAUGUUUUGGAAAGAAUUGGAUUGGGAUCAGCGUCGUAUCUAUGUAUGCUCGAUGGUAGAUAUUGUUCCAAAGAAAGAAACGAAGAAAGGUGAAGGGCAAGAAAGUCGAUGA